AUGAGAAUACAGCGUGAGAAGUGGACGUCUGUUCUAUCGGAUGUGGAUCCUCUGCUGGUCGAAUUGGAGAGUGAGCGUCAGAAACACCGGUUCUUGAGCAGCCUGGAGGACAUCGAGACACAUGCCAAAGUCAUGGAGACCGCUAUGACCGGAGGUGAGAUGGAGAAGACGCUCGCCCCAUACAACGCACUCUUCAACCUGAACAAAGAGCUGGCGACAAACACGUCGUAUAUGCGGCUGCAGAGCCACUGCCAGCAUAAGCUGGAGAGCUGCUACUCGAAGUUGAUACAGAGAUACUCAGAUGAUUUCCGAGUGGCGUUGGAACAAAUGCACUGGCCACAAACGUUCAGCAACAAGCUGGGCAAACCGGAUACGUAUAAUAAAGGGCUCAUCCGGUUCCAAUUGAUGUUUUGUUUAAUGCUUGACCUCAAAUCGCCGUACGAAAGUGGGGCUGAUGACAAGGAACCCGACGCACCACUCCCCGACAGUAUGUCACAGCCAGAGCAACCGCCAACACGCUUGUCGCUGCUACCGCUCAAUCUAAUGCUGGAGCCGCUGGAGAAACGCUUCAGGUAUCACUUUUCGGGGCGGCGAGAAACCAAUCGCAUUGACAAGCCCGAGUGGAUGUACACCUUUUUGAUCAAUGUGCUCAAGAGCCACUUCCAUCUGCUCACCAAAGUACUGCAGCCGUUGCUGGACAGGCGCCAGAUACCAGUGCAUACUGUGACCCUCUUCACCCAGAGCCUCGUCAAACUCGUUAAUAAGAAGCUAGAGCUGGACAUGGACAAGUUCACAGCCUCCCGAGAAAUUCUGUCGCACGUGAUAGCCGAAACGCUCGCCUUCGAGCGCGAGCUCAAAGGCACAUACUUCUAUCCGACGGAUCUGCCCAUCUCCGUGCACGUGUUCACGGGCGACAGAGAUCGGUUUGCGCUAUGGCUGAAGUACGAAACUACCUACGCACUCGAAAGGCUCGAUAUGAUGAUGGAUUCGCCCGUGGGAAACACCUUCAAAUAUCAAGGCGUUGAGGGUAUGAAGAGUCUCCGGCCUACUGAAGUGUCUGGCGAUGUGCUGCUGCUACUACAGAGCAUCACCGAACGCUACCAUGGCUUGUCAGAUGUGACUUUGCAAUACCAGUUUAUCUCUCACAUACAAAUAAGAAUAUUGGCUAUUUUCCUUAAUGAACUGGAGACUGUGACCGUGAAGUACCAGGAAGAUCUUCACGAGGCUAUCGACCGACAGGAAAGCUUCAUGAUGCACAUUAACUCAGUCUUCUAUUUAUACACCAUCGUAGCGGAUUGGUCGGAGCAAGUGUUUUUCAUGGACAUCUACGAGCGAUUGCGGGCCAAUGCGGACACCUACGAGGCCAUAAAAAAGGACCGCAGGACACUUGGGGCAGAACACAGCACCACAUCCAGGACAAGCGUGGAUAGUCUGGCUCGGGCGAGUACGGGUGGGCACGCACAUAGACAAGCACGUGCACAGGAUACUGAUGGUGGCGACGAGAGCCAUAACGGGACGGAAAGCGGGACCGAGAGUGAGGCGGAGGAGCAUGAACCAUCGGAGUAUAUAGUUGAUGACGUGGAAGGCCAGGAGAGUGAGCUGAGCAUGGGCCUAUGGGCUAGCAGUGCCUCGGCUGGCUCAAGCGACGGCGGUGGUGUCUUCAAGGGCAUUCUGAAGAAGUACCGACUCGCGCUGGAUGAGUUACUGGGGCGUUUGACAAAGUCGGCUGUGGAUGGGAUACUGCCCUUGUUCAAAGCGUACCGGAGACAAAGGUGGACAGUAGCCACCUCCACUCGUGCAGCCGCGCACUCAGACGUAUCCCUGGCCGUGUGUGAACCAUUCCAGGUUAUCAAGGAGUUCAUGGACGUGGCGCACAGCACGCUAGCCGAGCCACUGUUCAACCACAUCUGGCCCAGGAUUGCCAAGUCAGUCUCACAGUAUAUCCUGAACGAAGUCAUCUGCACCAACUUCUUCAACGAGGGCGGUGCCAAGCAACUGCAAAUCGAUUCGGAGUGCCUGUUCCGAAUGUUCAAGCUAUACACUAACCAACCCGAGAACUUCUUUAAACAGUUCAAAGAGACGGUUUUACUGUUAAAUAUGGACCUAGAAAAGAUACAGGAAACUAAGGCAAAACUCACAGCAGCCGAGGAAUCAGACGACCUAGAUGAAACUGCGGAGGUGUUGGAGCAUCUGGCCAGCCUCAAUGUGUACAAACUCACCGCUGACCAAGCGUUAACGGUGUUGGGUCGGUUUCUGUUUCCCACGAAAAGUUGAGAUGGCGCGGAUAACUAGUUAGAGGCAUUAAGUUAAAUAAAGUGGGUCAUGGACAGGUUUACCGCGG